AAUAUUUAUUCUUCCGGUCACGUGGUCGGGGUCACUGUCAGUUUCAGUCGCAAGGACGAAACAUGGCGGCGACAGCAGCAGGCAAGAAGGUGUUUGAAGUGUUUGUGUCAAAAGUACCAUGGACCGUCGCAACGAGGGAAAUUAAAGAACAUUUUGGGCAGUUUGGCCAGGUGAAGAAGUGUCUACUGCCAUUUGAUAAAGAGACAGGUUUUCAUCGGGGGUUUUGCUGGAUAGGGUUCACUACAGAGGAAGGACUGCAGAAUGCAAUACAAAAGGAUCCUCACAUCAUUGAAGGAGCAAAGCUCCAGGUGCAAAAAAACAGAAAGCCGUUUUCUGGAAGAAGGUCAAAUAAAGAAGCAGAAGACAUCUGAAGAGGACAUCAGAAAUGAUCUGAUUUCAAGUGUCAAAUGUCUUCAGUAACACAUAAUUGUAUUUAUUGUGGAUGUCUCUUGACUGGGUGUAUUUGUUUUUCAGAAGCCAAACUAUAAUGAGUGUUGAUUGUCACUGUAUUGUCUGGUGGGGUUUGUUUUUCUUUUAAAACAUUUAAUGAAAUGUGAGUCAAAUAAAAUUUGCUGUGUUGGUUA